AUGACUAUACGUCCUUUACCAUCAGAGUUAGCAGAAAAAGCUAGAAAUGAAUUGAACGAAGAUCCAAAGAGAUUGAAACAUGACUUGCAAAAUCUGAAAGAUUGGAUUGCUAAGCAACCGCAUCUACGUGCCAGAACAGAUGACCAAUGGCUAUUAGCAUUUCUCCGUGGUUGCAAAUUCAGCCUGGAAAGGACCAAAGAAAAGAUCGACCUGUAUUAUUCCUGCAGGAGUACAGCGCCUGACUUCUAUAGAAUCAAACAUACAGAUCCGAAGUUUUACGAAAUACUGGAAAUGGGAACUAUACUCAUUCCGCCGAAUGUUAAAUCAAACGCUGCAUCGGUAUCUGCACCACAAGCGACUAUUGUACAACCUGGAACCUACGAUCCUGCCAAAUAUUCCAUCGCAGAUAUUAUUUCUGUUGGCCAUAUUCUUGAAAAAAUAUUGUUGAUGGAGUACGACAACGCCAUUGUAACAGGUACACAAACUAUACUCGAUUUGGACGGAGUGACUAUUGGGCACUUCUUACAGAUGACACCUUCUGUCAUAAAGAAAAUGGUUGUAACUACACAGAAUGCUCUCCCAUUGCGAGUGAAAGGAAACCAUUAUUUGAACACUCCUGUAGGAUUCGAAACCAUUUUCAAUGCUAUCAAAGCACUUCUAAGUGAAAAAAACCACAAUAGAUUAUACGUUUACAAUAACAACUAUGAAGAAAUGUACAAAUACGUCCCAAAGGAUGUGUUACCCGCUGAAUACGGAGGAAACGGAGGUACUACAAAAGAGAUUAUAGACUAUUGGAAGAAAAAGGUUGAAGAAUAUAGUUCGUGGUUGGAAGAUGACGAGAAGUAUGGUACAGACGAAUCUAAAAGGCCAGGAAAACCAAAAACAGCUGAACCAUCCUACACACCACAAGUGGCGAUGAUACGACCUGGAACCUACGAUCCUGAUAAAUUUCCCAUCACAGAUAUUAUUUCCGUGUCCAAUGUUCUUGAAAAAAUAUUAAUGCUGGAGGACGACAACGUGAUUGUAACAGGAACUCAGUCUAUUCUCGAUUUGGACGAAGUGACUAUUCCGCACUUCAUGCAGAUGACACCUUCCGUCAUGAAGAAAAUGGUUGUCACUUCACAGGACGCACUCCCAUUCCGAGUGAAAGGUAUCCACUACUUGAAUACACCGACAGGAUUUGAAACCGUUUUCAAUGCAAUCAAAGGGCUUUUAAAUAAGAAAAAUCAGAGUAGAUUAUACGUUCACAAUAAAAACUAUGAAGAAAUGUACAAAUACAUACCAAAGGACAUAUUGCCCGCUGAAUACGGAGGAAACGGUGGUACUAUAAAAGAGAUUGUAGACCACUGGAAGAAAAAGGUUCAAGAAUACAGUUCAUGGUUGGAAGAAGAUGAGAAGUAUGGUACAGACGAAUCCAAAAGGCCAGGAAAACCAAAAACAGCUGAAGACAUGUUUGGACUUGAAGGGUCUUUCCGACAGCUUCAGGUGGAUUAGCUAAUCUAAUAACGCCGAUCGGUUUAUUAUAUUCGUAAUAAAUGUUUAAUAAAAUUUUGUCAUUUUUUACCGACUUCGAAAAAGGAGGAGGAUUCGACUGCAUUUUUUUUGUGUAUGUUACGCGAAUGUUGUACGUUUUGGUGAAAUUACAGCAC